AAGUCAAAGACUCGUACAGGUAGCACUGAAGACUUGUACAUCCACAACAUUGUUCUUUUGAGUUCGUGGUGAAGAAGAUCAAGGUCGGGUCAGCUUGAUGGAGCAGGUGACGAAGCUGGCGGGGCAGCGGGCGGUGGUGAUCUUCAGCAUGAGCUCCUGCUGCAUGUGCCACACGGUGGCGCGCCUCUUCCGGGACCUCGGGGCGAACCCGGCGGAGGUGGAUCUGGACGAGGACCCCAGGGGAAAGGAGAUGGAGAAGGCGCUGGCGAGGCUCCUCGGCCGGAACCCGGGCGUGCCGGCGGUGUUCAUCGGCGGCAGGCUCGUCGGAUCCACCGACAAGGUCAUGUCCCUUCACCUCAGCGGCAAGCUCGUCCCGCUGCUUCGUAACGCAGGUGCUGUAUGGGUGUAGUGCGCGCGGGAGAGGGUUUUGUUGUAGAUGCGUAUGCAGUGGAUAGUAGAAAACCGAAAACGAUGUACACUCACGUAUGCGCAAGUGCUCUGUUUUCUCUGUCAGGUGAUCAUAUAUAAGAUGAAGGAAAACCAUGCAGGUCGUUUUAUUUUA